AUGGCGGAGAAACAGCUGAUCGUGGCUGUUGAAGGUACCGCCGCCAUGGGACCUUAUUGGGUGGCAAUUGUUUCUGACUACUUGGAGAAAAUCAUCAGGAACUUUUGUGGUAGCGACUUGACUGGUCAGAAGGCCUCUACUUCUAUUGCUGAGCUCUCACUGGUUACAUUUAACACCCAUGGAUCUUAUUCUGGUUUUGUGGUGCAACGGAGUGGGUGGACAAGAGAUGCUGACAUCUUCCUUCAAUGGUUAUCAGCUGUACCAUUUACUGGUGGCGGUUUCAGUGAUGCUGCAGUUGCAGAAGGGCUUUCUGAAGCUCUUAUGAUGUUUCAAUUUCCUCCGAAUGGAAGCCAAAGUCAACAGAAUUUAGAUUGCCAGAGGCACUGUGUUCUUGUUGCUGCAAGUAAUCCUCAUCCUUUGCCCACACCAGUAUAUAGACCUCAAAUACAAAAUUUGGAGCAGAGUGAAACCAUCGAUGUGCAGGCAGAGGGUCAGCUAUCCGAUGCAGAAGCAGUUGCCAAAUUAUUCUCGCAGUGUUCUGUUUCUCUGUCUGUAAUUUGUCCAAAGCAGCUUCCAAAACUCAGAGCAAUCUACAAUGCUGGAAAGCGCAGCACUUGUGCUACCAACACACCUUUUGACACUGCCAAGAAUCCUCAUUUUCUUCUCCUAAUCUCUGAAAAUUUCAUGGAGGCUCGUGCUUCUGUAAAUGGGCCUGGAGUCGCGAAUAUACCUUCUAACCAGAGUCCUGUCAAAAUGGAUGUUUCUUCAGUUAGUGCAGUUGCGGGACCUUCUCCAGCUCAAGUUCCAUCAGCGAACGGCUCUAUGAUGAACCGGCCUCCAGUUUCUACUGGGAGUGUUCCCAUGGCAACUGUUAAAGUUGAACCAAGUACUGUGACAUCAUUACCAACUGGACCUGGCUUUCCACAUCUUCCCUCAGUUGCACGUCCAGCUUCUCAACUUCCAAGUUUGCAAACUUCCUCACCAAUAUCCACUACUCAAGAAAUUAUCUCAAACACUGAGACAGUUCAGGACUUAAAACCUUCUGUUAGUGGGAUGGCACAAUCUGUUCGUCCAGUGGCCCCUGCAGCAGCAAAUGUCAGCAUACUGAAUAAUCUUUCUCAAGCUCGACAAGUGAUGAACUCUGCAGCUUUAACUGGUGGGACAUCUAUAGGUCUUCCAUCAAUGAAUCAAACACCUGUUGCCAUGCAUAUGUCAAAUAUGAUAUCAAGUGGAAUGGCAUCUUCUGUACCUGCUCAAACUGUUUUCUCAUCUGCGCAAAAUCCAAUGACUUCAAUAGCUGGAUCAGGGACUCUUACAGCAGCUUCACAAGUUCCCCAGAGCUCUAGUAUGGGAACAUUUACUUCUGGAGCUACUAAUGUGACAGGGAACUCAAACCUGGGAGUCUCACAGCCAAUGAGCAAUCAUCAAGGAGGUGGCAGUAUAGGACAAUCAGUACCAGGAAUGAGCCAAGGAAAUCUUUCAGGGAGCCAAAUGGUACAAAAUGGAAGUAGUAUGAACCCAAACAUGAUGAAUGGUCUUGGUCCAUCAGGAGUCUCUUCUGUGAAUGGCGCAAUGAUUCCUACUCCAGGAAUGUCACAGCAAGUGCAAUCCGGAAUGCCGCCACUUGGUGUGGCCAACAAUGCAGCGGCUAAUAUGUCAUUGUCUCAACAGACAGCAAAUACGAUGCAACAAGCACCAAACAAAUAUGUUAGAGUAUGGGAGGGGAAUCUGUCUGGGCAGCGGCAGGGGCAACCUGUCUUCAUCACGAAAUUGGAGGGUUAUAGGAGUUCUUCAUCUUCUGAGACGCUUGCAGCAAACUGGCCAUCAACUAUGCAAAUUGUUCGGCUGAUAUCUCAGGAUCAUAUGAAUAACAAACAAUAUGUGGGGAAGGCUGAUUUUCUAGUAUUUCGGGCAGUGAAUCAGCAUGGCUUUCUUGGACAACUGCAAGAGAAGAAGCUUUGUGCAGUCAUACAACUGCCAUCUCAGACAUUGUUACUUUCUGUCUCUGAUAAAGCCUGCCGCUUGAUUGGAAUGCUUUUUCCUGGGGACAUGGUCGUGUUUAAGCCCCAGAUACCGAAUCAGCAGCAACAACAACAACAGCACCUCCAGCAGCAGCAAAUGCAAUCACAGCAACAACAUGCACAGCUACAACAGCAGCAGCAGAUGCAACAACAGCAUCAGCUUCAACAGCUUCAGCAGCAGCAGCAGCUCUCCCAACUGCAACCCCAGCAGCAGCAACAACAGCUCUCCCAGCUCCAACAACAUCAGCAGCAACAGUUCUCCCAGCUCCAACAACAGCAGCAGCAAAACCCGCAGAUGCAACAGCAGCAGCAAAUGCAGCAACAACAGCAGCAGCAGCAGCAACAGCAACAGCUUUCACAACUUCAGCAACAACAACAGCAGCAACAGCAGCAGCAGCAGCAGCAGCAACAUCAACAACAACAACAACAACAACAACAACAACAGAUGGUCGGGAGUGGUAUUGGUCAAGGCUAUGUUCAAGGUCCGGGCGGGAGGUCCCAGUUAGUCUCUCAAGCCCAAUUGACUUCUCAAGGUCCACAAAACAUUCCUGGAACUGGCUUCCUGAGUUAG